AUGAAGCUGGGAGCCUUUUUUUUGUUGGUGUCUCUCAUCACCUUCGGCCUGGAGGUCCAGGAGAUUCAGGGUGCCGUGAGACCAAUGCAGCUUUUAGGCACCUGCACCGAGCUCUGCAGAGGUGACUGGGACUGCAGGCCAGAGGAGCAGUGUGUCAGCAUCGGGUGUAGCCACGUCUGUGCUACCAACUAACAACAGCUUCUACCUGGAAAGAUGUGGCUGUUUGGACCUUUUUGCCCAAGAAGGCAGAUGAAAAUGGGGGCCAUGAGUGAAGGCUACAAGGAACAUGGG